CGUGUUGUUGUUGUUGUAACUUAAUUUUAAGUGUUUUAUUACGAUUAUUAUUUGCCUUUUAUAAUAUAUAAUAUAUAUCAAACAAACUAAAAAAUCAUUUGGUGAGUAACGUAUACACGUCGAAAUGUUCAAACCGGUGCUAUUCUACUAGAUUCCAUCAUUAACUACGCUUUCACGAUUCCUGCAUUGUUUCAUUUACUGAUACAUAUUAUUAUGUAUGGUAGUAACAUUCAACAGGUUUUUAAAUGUUGAAAGUAAUCAAUAUUCAACAGAAUAAACAUGUCUCGCGGAGAAAAAACCAAGCCAACCACUGGUUUUCUAGAUACAUUGUUUGGACGACCAAAAAAAUAUGGGUCAGCAGCAGCAUCACCCAUCGGUGGUGUCGGUGGCAAUGGUAUCUACAGCAGUGGAAGUACAUAUGGUGCUGGCAGCCGUUCUUUGCCACGUAUUAACUCGGAUAAUGAUAUUUCAUCAGGUGGCCACAACGAUGCAGAUGAGUGUGAAAUGUUUAUUGAACAUUUAGAUGUAGAAGCACUCAAUGAUAAGUUUGAAGAAAUGCUGGAUGAUAUGAAUUUAACAGAAGAGAAAAAAACCCCAAUAAGAGACCAAUCGGUUGUGAAUAAAAAGAAAAUGUUAAUGAUGCAUUAUAAAAAGUCAAAUAAUGAAGGAAAUAAAAAAACAUGUGACAAACCUACAGAGUAUAUCCAAUAUCUUUCUCAACCAGAUUUAAGUGCCAAUAAGACAUAUAAUUGUGUAGUAUCUCUCCGUAUUGCUUUAACUAAUCAUCCAUUAAGCUGGGUUAGUGAAUUUGGCACCGAAGGAUUGCGUCAAGUAUUAUCUGUGCUCAAUGAAUGUUAUCGCAAUGAUGGUAAAAAUGCUCAGUUUGCUCGUAUACAAUAUGAAUGUAUCAGAUGUUUAAAAGCAAUCAUGAAUAGCACUGUUGGCUUAAAACAAAUGUUUGGACACAAAGAAGCAUUGACCGUUAUUGCUCGAUCGCUUGAUAUUAAUAAGCCUGCUGUUAUGUUGGAGGCUGUAAAAGUCUUAGCAGCUGUUAGCUUAAUACCUCCAAAUGGUCAUGAGAAAGCUCUUGAAGCUAUAACUAUGAGUGCUGAUAUUGAAAAUCGUUGUCGAUUUUUACCUAUCGUUCAGGGCCUAAAAACUAUAGGAAAUGAAGCUUUGAGAGUAGCUUGCUUGCAGUUUAUUAAUGCCAUUGUAUCCACGCCUGAAGAUUUAGAAUUUCGUGGUCAUCUACGAAAUGAAAUCAUGCGAGCUGGCAUGUAUGAUGUUAUUGAUAGCUUAGAAAAAGAUUGCAGUGAAGAUCUCAGUAGACAAUUAAAUAUAUUUAAUGUACAUAAAGAAGACGAUUAUGAAGAAUUGGUCCAAAGAUUUGAUAAUGUACGCAUGGAUUUUGAUGACGUUGGAGAUUGUUUUGAUGUUAUUAAGAACAUUGUGGCUGAUUCGCCUGCUGAACCAUAUCUAUUGUCUAUACUUCAACAUUUUCUAUUUAUUAAAGAUGAUGUUUCUAUCAGGCCUGCUUUUUACAAACUUAUAGAAGAAUGUGUAUCACAAAUUGUCUUACAUCGCAAUGGCUGUGAUCCAGAUUUUCAUGCUACUAAGCGUUUUCAAAUAGAUGUACAACCAUUAAUUGACACUGUUGUUGAAAAAUCUAAAGCUGAAGAAGAUAGAAGAGUUGAAGAGUUAAAAGAUAAAUUAGAGCACGCCGUAGCUACUCGCCAAGAAGCAGAAGCCAAAUUAAUUCAAGCUGAAACCACAAUAAAAGAGUUCAUGUUAAACUCAUCUAUGGAAAACAAUGGGAAACCAGGAUUAAAUAAAAAGCAAGAUGGAAAUACUGGUGUUCCACCUCCACCACCACCGCCGCCGCCACCACCACCACCACCUAUUGGUGGUAAUUUCCCACCUCCGCCUCCUAUGCCUGGUUCUGCUGGUCCACCUCCACCACCACCACCACCAAUGCCUGGAGGUGGUCCUCCUCCACCUCCGCCAUUACCAAGUAUGACGGGGGGUGGAAUACCUCGUCCACCACCGCCACUUGGUAAUUUAGGAUCUCAACUACCUCCUGGUCUUAAACCUAAGAAACUGUGGCAUGUAGAAGGUAUUAAGCGAGCAAACUGGAAAAGUAUAAUACCUCAAAAAGUAUCUGACAAAUGUUUUUGGGCACGUGUUCAAGAAGAAGCUUUAGCAUCUAAUGAUAUAUUACAAGGGUUAUCUGAAAAGUUUUCAUCAAAACCAGCUCGAAAAAAACCAGAAGAUUCCACUGACAAGACAAUGACUCUAAAGAAAGUAAGAUGUUUAAAAGUAUUAGAACCAAAAGCUUCGCAAAAUCUUUCUAUUUUAUUGGGCGGUUCACUAAAACAUUUAAGCUAUGCUGAUGUGAAACGCGGUGUUCUUAAAUGUGAUGAUGUAGUAUUAAAAGGCAAUGUACUGGAUCAACUUAUCAAUUAUUUACCACCACCAGAUCAAUUAAAAAAACUAAGAGAUUUGGAUUGUCCUUUUGAGGAUCUUGUAGAAGCAGAACAAUUUGCUGUAACUAUGGGAGAAAUUAAAAGACUGCUUCCUAGGCUAAAAUCUUUAAGUUAUCGACAACAUCAUCCUGAGAUGGUACAAGAUAUUAAGCCAGCUAUUGUAGCAGGUACAGCAGCUUGUGAAGAAGUUAAAAGUGGUGUUAAAUUUAAUAAAAUGUUGGAGCUUAUUUUAUUAUUGGGGAAUUAUAUGAAUAGUGGUUCACGAAAUGGGCAAGCCUAUGGUUUUGAGAUAAGUUUUUUACCAAAACUCGCUGCAAUAAAAGAUGUAGAAAAUAAGUCAACUCUUCUUCAUUAUCUUGUUGAUAUCGUUGAAAAAAACUAUCCAGACCUAAUUACAUUUGGUGAUGAGCUAACACACUGUGAUAGAGCUGCUAGAGUAUCAAUUGAUGUUAUACAAAAAACAUUACGUAUUAUGGAUACGAGUUUACGUAACCUCGAUGUAGACCUUGCUAAUAAUUGUAGUAAACAACAAUGUGGUGAAGAUGAUUUAUUUUCAGAAGUUAUGACUCCAUUUGCAAAAGAAGCCAAGUCACAAUUUGAAUUGUUACAAAAUAUGUGUAAGAAAAUGGAAGCUUUAUAUGAUGAUUUAGCUGAAUAUUAUGUAUUUGACAAGUCAAAAUAUACCUUAGAAGAAUUUUUCACCGACCUUAAAGCAUUUAAAGAUAGUUUCUAUGAAGCUCAAAGAGAAAAUCAUAAGCUAAGAGAAGCUGAAGAAAAAAGUCGUCGGGCUCGAGAUGCUCGUGAUAAAGCAGAGAAAGAAAAAAAGGAACGAGCAGCACGUAAAAAAGCACUAAUUGAUAUGAAUGCAGAUCAUACACAAGAAGGUGUAAUGGAUAGUUUGUUUGAGGCAUUGCAAACUGGUUCUGCAUUUAGUCGCGAUCAAAGACGUCGAAGACCAGGUGGCACAAAUACCGGAGAUGAUAAAAGAGCUCCAUUAUUAUAUCGCAGUCGAUCAAGGACUGCUUUUACUGAGCGAGAUUUACCAACUACACGAGUUCAACAUUAACAAUUCUCAUUGCAGUUGCUUAUAGAUGAAAUUUGGUGCAAAUUUUACAUUUUGUUAUUUCCGUAAAUCAACUAGGUAUUCAACUGUAUUUUGUAUUAAUUCAAAUUAAAUAUUUACUAUUUUCAUCAACAAUAUUUUAUUUGUGAUAAAUUAAUUAUUUAAAAAUAACUUAGAACAAAACAUGCAGUAAUAUGAUAUGCAAUAAUAUGUGAAUAGUAAAAGAGGCAUAUUAAGUAUGAACAUUUUAUACAUAAUUCA